UAAACACUCUGGAGCUAAUCCAUUCUCCUUAUCUCUUUCUCUCUCUCUCUACAAAAUUUUUUAUUGGUUUUGCAAUUUGCAGAGGUGGGUAACAAGUAAAAAGUAAGGAAGAAGAAGAAGGAGGCAGAGAUGGGAAGGGUAUUUGUGGUGGAGUUGGAGGGAAGGUCCUACAGAUGCAAGUUCUGCAAGACCCACUUGGCUCUCGCUGACGAUCUUGUCUCUCGGGGUUUUCAUUGCCGCCGGGGAAAAGCAUACCUCUUCAAUAAUGCGGUGAACCUCGUAGUUGGAGCAUUAGAGGAGAGGAUGAUGCUUUCUGGAUUGCAUUCGGUCGCAGAUAUUUUUUGUUGCUGUUGUGGACAGAUUGUUGGCUGGAAAUAUGAGGCUGCACAUGAGAGGACCCAGAAGUAUAAAGAAGGGAAGUUUGUUCUUGAAAGAGGGAGGAUUGUUGAUGAAAUUGACUUUUCUACUGAAUUCUAUAUCGAUACCCGCCCCAGCAUGAUGAGUGAUGCUGAAGACGUUUAGAAUCCAACCUUCAUUUCUUUAAUAAAGAGCGUAAUAGACACCUAGACAAGGGAGAAGAGAUUUACUGCUUGUGUAUGUAAUUAAAUAAUGUUUAAAUUAUGUAAGUGUUGCGAUCCUUGGAGGAAUAUAUUUCUUCCUUUUAGAUUAA